AUGGGGCUUGAGAAGAAAAAUAAUAAAGAGCAGCAUGAGAUAACACCAACUGUGGCUCCCAGUAGGAAAGGGAAUUCACCCAUUGCAGGUGGCAUUAAAGCAGACAAAACAAAGCAAAAUGAGCCGGACUCUCCUAAUGAGAAAGAAGUGGAGGCAGAAUUUCUGAGGUUGUCUUUAGGUUUUAAAUGUGACUUGUUUACCUUGGACAAGAGAGUGAGGCUUGAAGAAAGGUCCCGAGACUUGGCUGAGGAAAACUUGAAAAAGGAGAUCACAAAUGCUCUAAAGAUGUUAGAGGCUUUAGCUCCUUUGUGUGAAGAAGAUAACCAAGCACAGGAGAUCAUUAAGAAGCUGCAGAAAAGCCUGCAGUACCUUAGCCAGUAUGCAGCCCGAGUCGCCAGUAGAGCAGAGAUGUUGGGAGCUAUUAAUCAGGAGAGCCGUGUCAGCAAGGCUGUGGAAGUCAUGAUUCAACAUGUGGAAAACCUGAAGCGCAUGUACGCGAAAGAGCACGCGGAACUUGAGGAGCUGAAGCAGGUCCUGCUGCAGAACGAGAGGUCCUUCAGUUCUCUUGGAGAGCGAGAUGAAUCUAUGAACAAGAAGCUACCAAAUUCUUUUAACUUUAAGCCAUCCUCAGCCCUUCGGAGAGUUAGCAUUGCAGCCUUGCCUAGGAGUGCUGGAAAUGCAGGUAUUGGGGUGCCACUGGCCCAACUCCAUGAACCUGAUGGAGAUGAACGGAGUGACAAGUUCCACAGGAGAACCAGCAGCUGGGGGCGACUGGGAGCAAAGCCAAACGAGAAGCGUCCUUCCCUGCAGAGGUUCAUUAGCACGUUUUCCUGGGCCGACUAUGAAGAGCAACAUCCUGAAGCAAAAGAUGAGCAGCUGGAAUUGCCUGCUGAAGUACAAGAAGAGCCAUCAAGGAAGGAAAGUAUCUCUGAAAAAGGAAAACAUUCAUUGAAAUGGAACCUGGAGUCAGCGUGCAAUUUAGUGUCAUCGUGGGCGUCCCAUUUCAAGACCACCUUUUCCAACGCUAACAAAACUCUCUGGGUUUCUGUUUCCAUCCUGGUGCUGCUUGCUGCCCUUACAAGCUUCCUCACUGGGCUGUCUCUUCAAAGACCAGCAGAUGCAGCACCUGUUGGAACUGGGGACUCCUGGACUUCACUACAGCAACUGUUGUGGCCGUAUACAGGACUUCAACACAACGGACCACCCCCAGUAUAACAAAGAUUCUGUCUUCCAUAGCUCUACUUCCAAGUUCUGGAUGACAGUUUGAGAAGCU